AAGAAUAAACAAAGGCUUGUUUCAAUUUUCAAUUCAGUCUUGACCUAGAGAGAGAGAGAGAGAGCAGAGCAGGUUAUCCAAGUUCCGCCCUAACUCACGUUUAAAAUGUCAGACGAGGAUGAGUAUCGUUGUUUUGUUGGUGGCCUUGCUUGGUCAACAUCCGAUAGAAAGUUAAGGGAUACAUUUGAAAAGUUUGGCAAGCUUACAGAGGCCAAGGUGGUUGUUGACAAAUUCUCUGGACGCUCCCGUGGUUUUGGAUUUGUCACAUAUGAUGAAAAGAAAGCAAUGGAAGAUGCUAUUGAUGCUAUGAAUGGGAUCGAUUUAGAUGGCCGAACUAUUACUGUUGAUAGAGCUCAGCCUCAACAAGGAUCCGCUAGAGAUGAUGGUGAUCGCUACCGAGAGCGUGGUCGCGACCGUGAUCGUGAUUACCGAGGUGGUCGAGGAUCUAAUGAUGGAGGAUGCUUCAAUUGUGGUAAACCUGGUCAUUUUGCUAGGGAGUGCCCUAGUGGUGAAGGGGGAAGAGGGGGAGGGGGAAGGUAUGGUGGUAGAGAAAGUAGAUAUGGUGGAAGUGGUGGUGGUGGUGGUGGUCACUAUGGUCCAGAUAGAAAUGGAGAUCGUUCUUCUGGCGGUCGCAGCAGGGAUGGUGGUAGUCGUGGAGAUUCUGGAAGUGAUCGAUACUAUCGUGAUCGUGAUCGUGCUGGACCAUAUGAACGACGUGGAUCUGGAGGCGGCUAUCGUUGAUAUACCUUUCUCAUCGAGCUUUGAAAUCAAAUGGGUCGCUGUUGAUGCUUAAGCUUUCUUUUUCGUUCACAAUGUUCUUCUUGGAUUGUUGUUUGGAUGGCCAAUGAUACUAGUGUUUUGAUAUGCAAUACUUGGCACCUUGUUAGACUAAUUAACGUUCCUAUGCUGGUCUUUUGGUUUGUUGAAAUCUAAUGACAUAUCGUUGAAUUCAAUGUUCUAAUGUUCUGCUCUAUGCUAUCAAUAAUUGCUGCUGGUUAUCUUGUGA